GAUGUGGCGGCGGGGCCGUUCCGGGCCGUUGUCACCGACGCUCGGCGGUCGCCUUGGGGUUGCGGGCGCGGAGUCGAGCGGGACUUGGGGGCGCUCGGCCGGAACCACUGAAAAAACAGUUAAUUGAACAUUAUGCAUGGUCUCUGAAAAUCAAAGAAGAUUUCAGUUACAGAGAGAACAUACUGAAGAUUGUGAAUAUGGAGUGGGGAGGAGAGUAUUCUCUCGAUUCUUCCAAUUUAGACUGUUUGUUAAAUGUCCUUCCUGGAGAAUCAGAGUUUCAACAAGUCCUUAAUGAUAUUGAUGAAAAAAUAAAGAAGAAUUCUUCCAGCAUGGAACAGUGUCUUAAAGACCUGCAAUCAGAAGUAAAUGAAAUAUGUACUGAUGAAAUACUGCAAAGCACGAAUGACUGCCUUCAGUGGCUAAACAACUGCAAUUUUAUUUCUCUCAGACCUUCAUCUACACCACAUGGAGAGCUGAUGGAGUUCCUCAGGACUCUGCAAAGCUUGCUGAAAAAUGAGCAAAAUCAAGAAGAAAUGAUACUUCAGUUCCUUCUGGAUCUCUCUAGUCAGUGUGGUGUCUCAUUUCCCUGUACUCCAAGCGGGACGUCUUUUGAGUUUACAUCUUCCAUUCAUGCCAUUGAGGAUGAUUCAACUAUGGACAUGAAAUCUCUCUGGGAUGAUGUGAGAUUGCAUCUUCGACGAUUUUUAGUAAAUAAACUGCAAAGUCAAGAAGAAACAAAUACUAAUGCUUCGCAGCAACAAAUACAGUUUAAAACUCAGUGCAUACAGCAACUUUUGUUUCUUUACCCUGAAUCAGAAGUCUUAACAAGGUAUCAAAACAUGCAGAAUAAACUGGUUAGUGAUCUUCUACAGAACUGUAUUUUGUCUGGCUCUGGUGAAACAAAUUUUGAUAAAGUCGUUCAUGGCUACCAAAGUUCAAUACCUACAUUAUGCACAAUGAUAAAAGAAGAUUUCUAUGUAUUAAGUGGAACUAUUGACCCUUCUUCAUCAUUGAAGUUUAUUAAUGAAACUUAUCUGGAUACCAUCACUGAAGAAAUAACAGUUCUUCUUGAAAGACUUUGCGAGCUGCAGUUCAAAGAAAAUGCUCUGCAUAUAGUUAAGGCAAACAAGAUUUCAAAGAAGCAUAGAGGAACAGUUCAUGCUGUGGCCUCCCAGGAAUACCACAAAAAAGGAAGGAAUUUCUGUUUAACGUUGUAUCAACUCAAGUGUCUUUCUCAACUCAUCAAACUCUUUUUAUUAAUGGAAGAAAAAAUUGAAGAACUCUCCACAGAAAUUUUGUUGGUGCCUUUAUUUACUGAGAAGAAUAAGAAUGUUGAAGGAGUUCUGAAGAAAGCUAGUGGGGAGCUUUUAAUAGGAGAAACUAGAGCAAAUGAAACCAAUGUGCUUCCUGAACAGUUACUUCAUGUAAAAGAGCCUACUUUACUGAAUUUUGGUUGGAGAAAUGCGUUUAAAGACCUGUCUUCUUCUGUGGCUCACUAUAUAACAAUAGCAAUUGAGGAUUUUUCAACUAAAAUUCUUCAACAUGAGCAGAAAGAACAGUCUUCAGCUGCAGGCUAUGCAAUGAGUCUUGUAAACAACCAGCAAAUGAGGGAGUCCUGCAGAGCAGUCCAACCGGAGGAGCAACCAAAACGAAUUGCUAAGUUUUGUUCUGACAUCAUGGAAGAACUUGACACAUUGCUUCCAUUGGCUCUGGCAUGCAGAGAUGAUUCUCUUCAGGAAAUUAGAGCAAACUUUAUAGAGGCCUGCAGCAAAGUAGCAACAGCUGUCCUGGCAAGACUAGAGGAGAAAAGCAAAGACGUUCCCUCCAAGGCUCCUCUACAAAACUUGUAUGCUGCUCUUUCCACAGCGAUCUAUGUCUUUCAGCAUUUUACGAUGUAUAGCAAUUUAAUGAGAGAAAACAGCAAAAAACCCCUGUUCCUAUUGCCUGUCCAACAAUAUCAGGAAUUCAUCAACGUUCUCCAGUUUCAAGUUACGAACUACUGCGUCAGAGUUUGUGCUACAAGCAUUUUACAGGAUGCUGAGAGCCACCAUUGGGAUGACAACAAAGCUUUUUAUGAGGGGGAAAGAUGCUCAUUCUCUGUCCAGAUGUGGCAUUACUUCUGCUGUGCUCUUCAUCAUGACCUAUGGACCAUUCUACCUCCCAAGUUAGCCCAGGAGAUUCUUACCGAUGUUCUAGAGCAAUCUUUAGCCGUGCUGUCCUCCAGAUAUAUGCAGGCCUGUCCCAGUUACAAGAGAACCCCACAAAUCAGAAUAGAUAUUGUAGCAAUUUUGAUGUCCACUGAAAACAUGCUGUGGUCAGUUUGCAGUUCAGUACAGGAAUUUCUGAAUCCACAUGAAGACAGAGAUCUCAAGAUCUAUAAAAUACAUACCCACUGCAAUAAUCUGCUCUCUGUGCUAGCUAUUUUAACUUCACCACUGAAGAAUUUGUAUGAGACAUUUCUGAACAAUUCUGGAGAACAUCUUCCUCAAGUUAUUUCCAAAGACUUUUAUCACCCAUUACACUGGUUAUUUUGCAUACCAUCAUCCUUUCCUUCCUUACUGAAGAGUCCAUCAGCAGGAGAAAUGGAAGCCCAGGGUCAACUGAAACUGCUCUUAUCCCAGCCACAUUGUAAUUUGCACUUGCUUUUGGAAACCUUGCUACAUCAUGAUUGUCUCUUAGUGAGAAUUUUACUGAGAAGUUCAAGAAGUGAAGUAUUGAAUUGCGAUGAACGAAGUUCCCUCUCAGAACAGAUAAAUAAAAAAGAGCCUACUAUGAUUGAAACAAUCUUCACAGUAUUAUCUCACUGCAUUUUGUCACCUAAAUCACUAGGAAUUGCUUUUGAGACCUACAUGGAAAAAGAGCACUUGUGGGAUUACUUAUACAGCAUGACAGUUUCCAGUUGUGGCGAGUUGGAGCCAGAGGUUAUCAAAUGCUUGAAGCUGACUUUGAUUAAUUCAGUCAAGGGUAUAGUGAAGCAGAUAAUUUCUUUGAUGAAUUCGUGGGAGGCAACAGAAAACUAUGGAACAUAUCAGCACAAGCAAAUAGUUCCUGAAAGUUUACUGAAAACAGUUCCAAAGGAAUGGAAUUAUACACCUCGGGAAAUGAAGAGAAAGGAGUCUGGGAAAUGCUUCACGAGGCUUGCAGCUCAGGCAGUAUCUAUUGUAAUCAGCAAGUUACCUACAGUGAUUGCAUGUUUGCCUCCCCCAAUUAAGUACUUCUAUUUUCUGGCUGAGAGAAAAAUGUCAAGAAACUUUGCUGAAUUGAAGAAAGCUGGUCUGCUUGUCUGGAACUUGAUUGUAAUUAUAUGUCGGAUAUUUGAGGAUGGAAAUACUGCAGAACUUUUAACAGGUGCAACACUUGACAGAUGGAGCAAAGAAAAACUCAGUUUAAUUCGUGUGUGCUUAGAAAGUAUUAUGGGAAAACAGAAAAGUGGUCCUAAACAAGUGACCCAGAAGGUUAUACAGAGCAUUGAACAGCAAAGACCAAACUGGAUCGAAAGCCAGUUGCUGAAGGCAAGAAAAUUGAGCACAGACUGUGGCUCGGUUGCAGUGGAAGGUGCACCGUUAGAGGAAGAAGGCAUUGCACUUGGAUUCACUGAGCAGAAAAUAAACAUGAUGGUCCUGGAUAUCUGCCACAAGCCAGGUGGCAGCGAGUACCUGAGGCAAAUUUAUCACAUCAUCCAGCUCAAUGAGGAAUAUUUGAAAGAGCAGCUGUCUUGUAAGAAUUACUCUGAAGAGAGUGUUACCUCCAAUCAAUGCCUGCCUUUGACACUGAAGGGCAGAGAAGAGCAGGCUGUCUUCAAUCCUUUCCAGGUGUACAGCCAAUCUUGUGCAAAAGUGUUCAAUCAGUCAACCAUUACUGAAUGGAACUGGGAUUGGUCAAAUUUCCUGCCAAAUUAUUUGGGACUGAAGCAGAUGACCUUCAGGGUGCUGCUGGCACACAGAUGGGAGAUGAAAGAAGGUGCAGAUCUGGAAGACGAGGAGAAAGUUAUGGUGGAACACUUAAAAAAUGUUUAUUUGACACAAAGCACUCCUACCUCAGAGGAUAAAGAAGAAUAAUUACCUUGACAGGUUUCGGGUAGCACCUUUUUCUGAAUUCAACAUGAUUAACUUAAUGGCUUAGUUAUAACUGACAGGAGUAGAAAUCUCAGGAAUAUAUAUCUUGAGUAGGAGUUUUAAACUAAAGAAUGUUCCCCUGUUAUUGUCUAGUCACCCCAUCCAAGCAGCAGUUGUUAACACAUGCAUAAGACAAGCAACAAUAUAUGGAAAUGUCAAUGUCACAAAACAAGGAAAGAGUUUCUUGAUACUGUGGAGGCUUAAACCUGAACGACAAACCAAGAGCUGCUUUAAAAUUAUAAAACUCACAAUGGCAUCUAAAAAUAAGGCAAUUUUGGACACAUUCUAAGCAAACACCAGUGAUGUGUUGGCAUCUACCAUUCGGUACCUGGCUGGUGUCGGAGCAGAGCUCAAGGACCUCUUCUUUCUCUUGGUGCUUGUGUUCUGCUUAGUGCUGGCACUAAACCACACAAAAGGGGUGGCAAAGGAUGGGUUUGGGCCACAGGUCUGGAGUCCUUGUUGAGUCGCUCUGGGAUGGGUACAGCUGGCCAUUAUUCCCAAGCAAAAACGCACCACAUUAUUGCCCUCACAAAGUCCGGACUUGGUGUCCAGCGGGUUAUGGCUUCAAAGACUGAUCAUAGUGAAACCUGCUGGCAGCAUUCAAGGUUUUGAGAUGGAUCUUUUCAUUUUUAAAAAUAUAUAUAUUCUUAGCCAGUGAUCAAAGGACUAUCUUAACAGUGAACUGAGAAUAGAAAGUAUAUAGAAGCCUAUAUUUAUUUCUGAUAAAUAUAGUAAAAUUUCAUUUUCAAAGUAAGCCCUGUCUAAUACACAGAUUUCCCAAAUACUGUUUUUUGUUGUUGCUGUUUCCAGUUAGAGAUCUUGCUCAUAGAUUAAAAAUACCUAUUGAGUUAGGCAAGAGCCUACUUUGACAAUAAUUUUUAUACAGAGGUUGUGGUUAGUAUUUCCAUAGUUCUCUAAAAAUAAUCCAUCAUUUUUCUAUUUGCUUCUUGCAUUGGAAGUCCAAGGUAACUAUCUCCUCUGCCUGAUGAUGGAUUCUGGCGAGAUCUUGGUAAGGCUGUAAUCUGAGCUGCAGUUUUGCCUAUUCCCAGUGCAUCUUCUCACAGAUGCUAUUAUGGACACAACUCAGACCACUUGAAUAGGAAGGGAGGCAUAUUUUUUUCCUAAGAUUUCAGCAGCAGCAUGGGUAAUCCUAAAAGUAAUGCUGCCAUAGGGUCUAAUCUGAAACGCAGUUUUUCCUCCUCUUAAUUGCUCUUUUUUUUAUCAUGUAUAUAAAAUAUUUGACCAUUUAAAAUGAAAAUGGGGACUGCUGCUUCUUACAAAUCUCCAAAGAUCUUGUUACAACACUGCAUCAACAAAAGGGAUAUGUGGCACUGGUACUUCACAAACGCUAAAAAUAUUAUUUAAAAAAUAAAACUGACUUUUUCCUCUACCAGUGAUAUUGUCAUUUCGGAAUAUAAAGAAGUGAUGAAGUGUAAAAACAGUUUUUCUUUUCUUUGUAUUUCACCUUUAAAGAUUAGUUGUGGUUUUAAGGCUUAAAAAAUGGCUACAGGGAUUGCCUAUUAUGGCAGGUGCAGUAUUCUGACACGAGGCAUACAUGCUCCAAGCCAUACUAAUACUGUGUCUGGGCUUGUGGAAGUUGGAGUUAGAAUAUACUUUCCUGUUUUAGCAAAAUCUAUUGUACAUAAUUAAAUUUUUGUGUAGUCAUGUAAAGCAAAUUUCUGUCUACGUGGUGGAACUGACUGAAAUACAGUUUGUGAAAAAGCUCUGCUUCUGGGAAACCCUUAUUAUGAAUACGAUAAACUUUGCAAGUGAAAUAAGCUAACCCUCACUUGCUCUGAAAUGGGUGUGCCCAUAUGUGGGGUGAUUCCAAACUGGUUAUGAUGCUUUAAAUUCACAACACACCUGGUUCUGGAAUAAUCUAUAAACAGUCAUGUUAAAAAAAAUCAUCUUUAUGCCCCUUCCUCCCUUUUCUCCCAGCCAAAUUAAUUCAGCAGUAACCCAGUGGGUUAAGAAAGACAAUUUUUUCUUUCUUAGCAGUAUAUUUAUAAUCUUUACCAGUGUGAAACUGAGAAGCUAGAAUAACUAGCCUGAAUAAAAGCUGUACCUUUGCACAAUGCUUUAUUUGGAUGUUUUCCUUAUCCAAACCUAUAUGUAUGUAUAUAUGUCUUUUAGAGUCUGAAUGAAGGAUAACGUGUUUGAAGUUGAACCUGUCCCUCAGUGAGAAAUAGCAGGGCUUGGUUUGUUUGCAGUGUAGUGAUCCUAUUAACUGACCUUCAGGGUAUAAAAGAAAUAUCAUCAUGGCACCAUCACUUAUGCUGAACACAUGCUUUUGUAACAGUCACAUUUGUUCAAAGAAAUUACAGUAAUAAUAAGAGUCGUACUACUAAGAUUGCUAAACAUACCAUUAUUUUAUCAAGACUGCUUACUUUAAACUUAAACCCUUAAUUGAAGAAAAAUGAAAGACACUUGGAAGAGCUGAUUAUUUUUACAUUGUAAGGUGUAUAAAAUCAGGAGUGCUUGUAUAACAGAUUUCUACAUUCUUUGGCACUUUAAAAAUAAAUAAUAGUUCUAUAUUCUUAGACAAAGUUCUUCUGAUUCAAUAAUUGACUUAAGAUUGCUUUAAUUCUGGAGAGCAAUAGGUUCACAAUGCCACAGUGUUCUGCUUUUGUAUUUUAAGUACUGUCUCUUUCUCAGUACUUGUUGACCCAAGAAUGUCUCACGUUUACAUUUAGUCUUAAUAAAUUAAGGCAAUGACGGCCAGAUUUGCUGGCUGCAAUACUGUCCCUGUGUUGCAUGACUAGUGCAGUCUGACCACAUUAAAUGCUCCUGAAAGAGAGUCAAAAAUCAGGAUAAAAAUCUAUUAUGUACAGCAGACCUUUCCGGAUGGGCAAAAACUGGCCUUGUUGGCUCAGCACGUAGCUUAAAACGAAAUUAUUAUACUUACACAAGUGAAUUGGAUCAGAUAACACAACUUAAGUACUUAAGGAUUGACAUUAGAGCUGACACCUAAUUCUCAUUUAAUAUUUUAGUAUGCUAAGCUCUCUUUACUAAACUGUGGCUAAAAUGAGAGACUUUGUGGCAAGGAAUGCCUGUAAUUAUGUUUGUUCAAUAUCAAGUUCAGGGUGCUCCAAGUCUUAGCAUCUUGGUACUUUUGAAAGGCAGUCAAUGAAAUUAGAAGCAGGGCAAAACUGAGAUAGCAUUAACAGUAAAGACACUCCAGGAAGACAGACGAGAGAGAGAGAAUUUUGGAAAAUGACAGACACUGAGACAUACCCCUGCCUUUUAGUGACUGCUGGCCUGACAAACAGUCUCCCAUAGAUCACACUUUAUUUUGGCAGAGGGCUUUUGUAAAGACCACAGGCAACAAAGCUGUUUGUUCUAGAAAUACGCAUGAUGGUGAAUGGAUGUUCUCUAAUUCAUCUCCACAUCCUCACAGCAGUGCAAGAUAGGCAUAAGGCCUGGCUUCUUCUAAUUAGUCUCCUCACACAGAAAUAUUCCAUCUUCCUCUCAGAUGGGAGGUCUUAGCAAAAUAGUACUGAAUCUUAUCUACAGAAAGAUAUCAAUUAUAUGCUGACAUAAAACUAUUUUAUGGAACUCCUUAAAAAUACAUGCAAUCAUUCGUAGUGAAAGACAGAAUUCAAACUUACAAGGCACUAAUUGAAAGACUGAGCAAUUAGACUUAUAGCCUUAUGCUUGAAACAAGAGAGUAACUUGAUGGCAGUGGGAAGACUUCUAAGCAAGAAUAUAGAUCUCAAGUGGGUCUUGGCCGAUGGGAAGCUGCUUCCCUGCAGUAACCAUCUGUGUGGUAAGCAGUGGCAUGAGUGGAAGCAGCAGCUCUAAAACAGUUAAAUGUAAGGCCCAGGAAUUGGACAAGUGUGAGCUUGGUUUUCCCUCUAUCAAUGGACCACAAGACUUGGGCAGUAGACUAAACUGACUGGUGUUAUAAGGCAGGUAGUAGGGGAAAUGCAUAUAAGGUCUUGAGUAGUUUGGGUGUCAAGUUUGCCUUGUAAUACCCACCACUAAAAUGCUUCAUCUGAACCAGAUGCUUCAUCACUACCUUUCUCUGUAGCAAAAGCAUCUGAGCACAGUUUACAUCAAAUGAAACAACUCCACAAAGCCGAC